UUUAUACCAUAUUUCCAUACGUGACGACUUGCGAGAACGGUUCCAGUGACGACAACCAUUCGUUUCCGGUUGACGUGCUUUUGAGACGAGAGAAAAAUAAAAUUUAAUAAACUCGUCACCGACUUCUACAAUCUCACAUGUUCAAGAAUACUCAUAAUAAUACCGCCAAAAUGCCGAUGUUCCGUAUGAAGACGGUUUUCCCUCUGAUCGCCCUUUUCUCGAUUGGGUUCUUUUUCUGGUGCGUCGAGCGCUUCGACCAGGCUGCCCUUCUGCGUUUUAAGCAUCCAGCCGAUCGCGUCGCUGGUUCAACCCCGCAAAUCCAGUUGCAACCGACACCCCCAUCCAAGGCCUGCGACGUGGACCCUGGUCUUCAGGCUCCUCUGCCCUUCAGCGAAUGGCUUCCUCGCAAGAACUACACCCGUGCCUACUUCCGUCCUCACCAUGUGAGCCCCAAGACCGAGUUCAACUCGCUUGAGGAUAUCGAAGUCCCCGUGCUCCCUCCAAUGACCGUCAUGGAGCGUGGUAUGGUCGUGUCGCCCGAAAACGAGGAACCCCUGCCUUGCCCUCCGAUCAUCGACGUCAACGUUGCUGCUGAUAACGAUGUGGACGAGACCGAUAAGCUCCUGUUCGGUCUGGCCACCACUGCGGACCGUCUGGACCGUCUGCUUCCUUCCCUGCUGUACUCCUAUGGAAACACCAAGGCUGGCUUGAUUGUGCUUGUUCCGGAAUCGGACGACGACAUUCCCAAGCAGGAGGCCUACUUCCGCAACCGUGGCUUGGAUUUGACCCUGAUCCAGUCUCCUUUGGACUUCACUGCUCGUUACUUCGGCCUGGUCCAGGCAUUCGCUGAGACCAUCAGGACCAAGCGCCCUCAGACUCAGUGGGUCAGCUUCAUCGAUGAUGACACUUUCUUCCUGUCCUUGCCGACCAUCGCUGAGGAACUGAAGCUCUUCGAUGUGAACAAGAAGCAUUACAUUGGUGCCCUGUCUGAAGCUAGCUGGCAGGUGGAUACUUUCGGCCACAUUGCUUUCGGUGGUGCUGGUGUUUUCGUUUCCAAGCCCCUCCUCGAUGUUCUGGAGGAAUACUACGAUGAGUGCCAGUCGUGGGGUGAGCAGCCUGGUGACCAGAAGCUCGGCCAGUGCAUCCAGAGAUAUGGAGAGACCCCUCUUACCCUCUGGCCCUCUCUGUACCAGAUGGACAUGAAGGGUGAGGUUGACGGUGUCUACGAGUCUGGCCGCAAGAUCGAGUCUCUGCACCACUGGAACAGUUGGUACACCAAGGAUGUUGUUAAGAUGACCACUGUGGCUGCCGCUGCGGGUCGCCGCUCGGUUCUGCGCCGCUGGGUCUUUGACCAGGAAGAGAUUGUGAACAACGCUACUGGUCGCUCCACCCGUACUUUCUGGGUGUUCACCAACGGAUACUCGCUCGUCAAGUACACCUACGAUGAGAACACUCCUGAUGAUGCGAUCAACUUUGACCACACUGAGAAGACCUGGGAGGAAGACCCCCGUGGUUACGAGGCCCGCCUGGGACCCCUCCGCAACCGUGAUCAGGAAGGUGUCACAAAGGAUCGUUGGUUGUUGCGUGAUGCCUUCGUGGUUGGAGACAAUGUGCACCAGUGGUAUGUGCGUGAAGAAGACGAAGGCCACAGUGUGAUCGAGAUCGUGUGGCUCGGCCCCAAGGGUGGUGGCGGUGCCGGCGUCCGGGACUUUGGAGUCCGGAGGCAACAUCACUAAAGUCCUUGGUCAUGCAACUCAAUGAGAGACCAGACGACCGAUACUGAGGCUGGCCCUUAGGAUCUGUGAAGCUUUUCGAUUCUUGC